GGUCUAUCAUAGACAACGCAGUCAGUCAGUUGCAUAGAUAGGUCGCCCUCAAGUUGCUUUUCGUCUAAACUCACGUUCAUUAGAUUUUUCCCCUUUUGUAACUGCAUGAAAUACACAUUUAGAGAGCCAUUUUGUUACAAGUCUAGUCAGAUUGUUGUUGAAAUUCCUUGAGGAAAUCUAUUUAGCGAAAUUCAAAUAUGUCCCAGUCUACCGAAGACCUUAAGGGCUUGUUGGAAAGGGUUCUAAGCCAGAAGGAAGGGUUGUCUGGACUUCGAGUGCACGAAGUAAGGGCAUCCUCUAUCACCAACCCUGGGGACAACUUCAUGUCAGUGGUAAGCGCUGUGGAAGUGCUGGGGAUUCUUCCGGGGGGCACCCCUUACCAGAAGAGCCUGUUUGUGAAGUGGCCUGUGGGUGGGGCUCAGCGCACCCAGACCUACCACGUGGACGAGGCAUUCAGCAACGAGGCAGUGGUGUACCUGCAGGUACUACCCCUGUAUGACGUCACCUCCCCCUGCCCCCUCUGCUACUAUGCUGGUCAUGACGUCAUCGUCUUGGAGAACCUUAAGAGGCAGGGUUACACAAUUGGCGAACGGAGCGUUGGCUUUGACUUCCCAACAGCUGAAUGUACUCUUAAGGCUCUAGCCAAGUUUCAUGCAGGGUCUUAUCAUGCCAACCUCACGAAAAAGAAAGAUUUCUUGGCAGCCACUGAUCAGCUGAAGCCCAUCGGCUUUCUCCUCUCGGGCAAUAGAGACAUGGUGGAGACAUCUCUGCGGCGGGCAAUCUCUAUGGUAGCGGAGGUCGACGAUCUGAAGGACGUCCUCCCCGUGCUCCGGAGCUUCCAAGGCAAGGUGUCCGAGAAGCUAAGGGACCUGCGGAGGGCGACCAAUCUUACAGUCAUGGGCCACGGGGACUUUUGGCUCAACAAUCUAAUGAUCUGCAAAGAAUCCGAAAAUCCGGUGAAAAUCGUGGAUCUUCAAGCCUGUGCCAUUAUGUCACCAGCAGUGGACGUCUACAGCUUUCUCUACACGAGUGUUGCUUCCUCCGUCAUGGAAUGCGAUCGCUUCGAGCAACUUCUCCGGAUUUACAGCGAAGCCUUCCUGGACAAUCUGAAAGGUCUAAGAAUCCCUACUGAAUACGCCCCAUCGUUAUCCGAUGUCCUCCAUGAGCUCAAGUCUAGAGAACUCUACGGACUUUUUAUAGGAACUCUUUACCUUCCUGCUUUAGAACUCUCUCCAGAUGUACCCGAUCUUGACUCCGUCUCCAAAGAGCAAACUCUGGAUGACGAUUUUGCAUUGAAAUUUUUCGGCCCUGAGCUGAAGAACAGGAUGCGGAAUUUGGUAAGGCUCUGUAAAGAAAGAGGAGUAUUAAGCACCUAAUGGAGUAUCAAUAUUAGUUUGUAUUUAAAAAAGUUCCUAAUGUAUUUAUGAUAAAUGUUACCUUAUCGUGAUAGCUGGAAUAUAAUUAUUGUCGAUACAUCACUAUGGAUAUUAUAUUUUUCUAUACAAAUUUAUAUUUUCUGGUACGCGUAUUAAGAUAAAGUUAGAAGACACAUUAUUGUUAUCAAUUAUUCAUUAGUAUAACUCUAAUAAACAGUUUUAAUAAACAUUUAAUGUUUUGUUCACCAAGCCAUAAUAAACCAAUAAUUUAAUAUUUCUUUUAGAUCUUCAAAGAUACCAAUAAUAAAUCAAAGUAAAUGCAAUUCUGAACAACAGUCUUUAUUGCGUUUUCCGUUAUUGUAAUAGAUAUUGAGAUCACAAUCGAAGACAGAAUUAAUAAAUAUCCUACUCUGAGUGGAUAUAGUAGAGCUAUCGCAGAUGUUUAAUUUUAUUUCAAUACCAAACUUAAAUUAAAUUAACAUAUCAUAUCACCAGCAUCUAAAGAAAGGUAAAUUUAAUUCAUAGCUACUAUAUUAAAGCAACAGCAAUGCUUUUAUACUUUUGACGAUGAUUUGUUCACAAGUAUAGAUACCAUAUUAAAAUAUCAAUUUUACACAAAAAUCUCUUGUUAAAAUUUUAUAAAUAUUGAUGACAUUUAAAAGUAUAAUUUAUUCAGUAGGCCUUCAUACAGUGUUAUGUACCUUUAUUUAUUGACACAGUCAAAAAAUUAAAAUGGACGAAGUCCAAGAAGUAUGGACGAUAGAAAGCAGUAGAUCUAUUAAAAAUAUAUUAAUAUUAUCGUAUACGUAUAUUAAACUUACAUAACAUGAUAUUAAGAAAGUUUAUUACUAACUAAAUUUCUUUUGUAAAAGGGUUCUGCAGUAUAGACAGUUAAAACAUUGUUAAUUUUGAUUGUGGGUGAAACCUUUUUGACUAUUUUUAAAACAUUGAAGAUUACAUAUUAACAUAGGUUUUAGCUUACGAUUGUUACGUUUUAACUAAUUAGGUACAACAUAAACUUUUACAUGUGUGUAUUCUUGUAAAUAUUACCCUAUUAGCUGUAGCCUAUGUAAAUAUUACCUGACGUUUCCACUAUCUUCUUCAUAUAUCAAGACCUUUCAAAUGAGGUGUCACUUAAUGGAUUUUUACAUUAAAAAAUUUUGAAUCGCC